UAUUGGGAAAGCAAAUAUGCACGAGCUAGGCCUUGGGGUCACUGGAAACGAUACAAACUAUGGGACAGUAAGAAAUCCACAUUCAAUCGAUAGAUAUACUGGUGGUUCUUCAUCUGGUCCAGCUGCACUUGUCUCAUCAGGGUUAUGCUCAGGAGCGAUUGGAACAGACGGCGGAGGCUCAGUUCGAAUACCAUCCUCCCUAUGUGGCAUUGUUGGUUUGAAGACAACAUUCGGGCGCACAGAUAUGACUGGGGUCGUUUGUGAUGCUGGGACAGUUGAAGUUGCUUCACCUCUUACAUCAUCAGUGGAGGAUUCUGUGCUAUUGUAUUCUGCACUAGCAGGCUCUAGACCUAUGGACAAACUUACUCUGAGACCUUCCCCGCUGUGUGUUCCUAACUUGGUGUCCUCCGAGAAUAGCAAGAUCCUGCAAUCAGUGAAAGUGGGAAAAUAUACAGAGUGGUUUCAUGAUGUCCCUGAUAAUGAGGUCUCAAAUACAUGUGAAGAUGCACUUAACCUCCUAUGCAGCACCUUUGGAUGUCAGAUAGAAGAGAUAAUCUUACCAGAGCUUGAGGAGAUGCGUACAGCCCAUCUUGUCUCUAUUGGCUCAGAAGCAUUCUCCGACAUGAAUGCUCAUUACCAAGCAGGGAAGCGAACUGAAAUGACCUUAGAUACUCGAGCAAGUUUGGCACUUUUCAAGUCAUUCACUUCAGCAGAUUAUGUUGCUUCUCAAUGUCUGAGGAGAAGGAUAAUGUACUAUCACAUGGAAGCUUUCAAGAAGGUUGACGUCAUAGCAACCCCUACAACCGGCAUGACCGCGCCAAAAAUACCACCAAGUGCUCUGAAAGGAGAGUCUGAUUAUGUUGUAUCAGCCAAGCUGAUGCAAUUCAUUUUUGCCGGGAACCUUCUUGGCUUGCCUGCCAUUAGUGUUCCUGUUGGUCAUGACAAGCAAGGCCUUCCUAUCGGCUUGCAACUGAUAGGCCGUCCGUGGGGCGAGGCUAGCUUAUUGAGGGUGGCUUUGGCAGUAGAGGAGCUCUGCCUGAAGAGAAGAAAUCGGCCAUCGACAUUUUACGACAUCCUGAAGACCUGAAACAUCAUCAGUAUGCAAUAUCAAUAGUAUGUCAGAGGUUUGUCAUUUGUCAGGACUCAGGAUAGACACAGCAAACCCUUCUCCAGUUUAUAAAAAACUGAGAAAAUAAAUUUACCAGAGAUAUUGUAGCAGCAAUAAGUAAGUGAGGUAGUAUAUAAAAAAA